CGGCUGAAAACACAAACAGUGAUGAAUACUGGGAAGUAAAAUUCACAAACUACUAUACUGUACAAGAAGCCGAACUAACAGGUGAAAUUGAUUCUGCACUGACACCAUGUCAGAUGACUUCAGCCAGUCCCUCACCCCGCCAGUUUCCCCAUUUGCAGGAGACAGUCUAUGUGACCUGGCUCCAGUUCGACCACCGUGCUUCUGCUGCUCUGACGUAAAAGAUGAUCCCGCUGGAGUACUUUCCACAGAGGGAUACGUUGUUAGAGGCUCCUUGAAACGGCUACUCUUGCGUCUUGACCCAGCCCCUGCAGAAUAUGAGACGGACACAGUGGACAUCUUUGGCUUCUCCUGGGUGACAGAGACAGCACUGGUGGAAUCUACAAAACUACUGUUUGGCCUCUUCAGACAACGGAUUUACAAGUUGGAGACUUUAGUUAAGUCCAACUCAAAUGACUUUGGUCAAGCUGGAAAUCUCCACUAUGAAGCAGAAGAACUCCGGCAAGAAUGUGUUACAUUUCUUCAGUAUGUCAAAGUCUUUCUACACAGAUAUCUCCAGCCUUCCAGGUCCCUGGAUGCAGGUCACUCACACCCUUAUGAGGAGCUGGAGGCUCAGUUCCCCUCGGCUCUUUUGGAGGAACUUUUUGGGAUCACUCUCCUCGUAGGACGACUCAAAGACCUGCCUGCUAAUGUUCAAAGUGCCUUUACUAUACAGAAUCACGGAAAGAUUUUACCUCCCUCCUGGCAUUUGCUACACCUUCAUCUAGACAUCCAUUGGUCAGUUUUGGAGAUCCUUCACCUACUUGGUCACAAGAUGCAGGGCCAGGUGGUGUACGCCCACAAGUUUGUGGACCUGACGGGAGAGAACCUGACUGAUAGCAGUCUGUUUGACGAACACCUGUGCAGUCUGCUGUGUGACCUUACUGGACUGGCCAUGGGCAAAUACAGCAAGGUGAGGCCUACAGAGGCGCUGAGCAGCCAUCAUUACCUUUGCACCUGCACCAAAGAGUUGUGGGUCCUGCUCAUGUACCUUCUGGAACACAGGAAUAAAGCGUUGCACACACAGUCUUUCUGGAGCUACAUCAACUCGUUGCUGAGGCCUCUGGUUUUAGGAAAACCUGCUGCCGAGCAGUUCAGUGGCCUCCCCACACACUGUAAGGACCCUCUAGGAUUCACAUGGUGGCUGGUCACUCAUUUAUCAAUGCUAGGCCAGUAUAGUCGGAGCGGCACGGUGGUCCAGAAUGAGAAAAACCUGGGGGAUAACUGGACCUUUGUGGAUGAGUUGCUCAAAUUAACUUGUAACCCCAAGGGAGGUCUAGCAGAGGAGCAGGUCAGGAUGCAUGUCCACUGCUGCCUCAGUCUUUGUCUGAUGUGGGAACCGAGCACCAGUGCUGUGUCCACCCUCUGGGAUUACUACAGCAAGAAUUUGAGUGCCUCAUUUACCGUGCCCUGGCUGGGGAUUUCUGCCCUGGGCACUUUAUCCAAGACACCUUUAGCUCUGUUGGAGCAGGCCCGGAGCUGCUGCUCCUUGCCUCCCCUUCGCUCUCCAGGAUACACCCAGCUCUAUCGCUCUGCCAACUCCUUCCACAUCUUUCUUCGAGUGCUGGCCCUGUGCCUUGCACAGGAUCGGGCUGGAGGAGUCCCGCAGAGACAGAUCAAAGGGAGGAUUUACUCUAAGUUCUCCCCAAAGAAGAUGCAGGAGCUGUCGGAAGCAGGUCUCAUGAACUUUCUGCUGCUGUUUCUGGUAGUGGCCCGGCAGGCAGACCUGGAGGAUGUGGCCAGCAGAGCUUGUGAGCUGCUUGGCUUUCUGCCCUCUAACUGUCCUCUUGGACACCGCACACUAAUCUGGAGAGGGCAGCUGUCAAUGGUGUUGCUAUUCCAGGAGCGGGGUCUGGAUGUUGGAGCUCAGGCUAGUCUGCUGGCUUCCUCCUUUAACAAGACAGCCAAAGAGUUCUACAACAAAACCACAGAGGUCUCACGCAGGCUUGCCCUCUGGGGGCCACUUGGGUCCUACCUGGAGGGUGUGGCCGAGGUGUUUGAGACCAGCACCACUCUCAGCCUAUCAGAGGAAAAGCUACUCGGUGACGGGUUCAAUUGGUUGCUGCCUGCCUGCCGCCAGUCCGAGCUGAAUUCUGCCCUGGGUUUUCUGCAGAUCGUCCUUGCGCAGCUCAGACGAGUCCAUCAGCGCAGUGACCAGUCAGCUCCCACCCUGUCCUGGGCUCCUGCUACCACCAGUGUGGUGAAAGAGCGCCACCCAGCGGUAGCAGCUGCUCUCUGGGCUCACUUCUUCCCCUUCCUGCACAGCCUACGUCUUUCUCAGACACCUCCAGCACAGCUUGCAGAUGCAGCUGCAGGUUUCACCCUUCUCGCCUUUGAUCUACCCACUUCGGCACCCCAGGACCUUCAACCAAAUUCAGUUCAGUCCAUCAUGCAAUACUUUGGGUGGGAUGACAUGGUUCACCCACUCUUGGUGACUCGCUAUCUUUCCCAUCUGCUUCAAAACAGUGAGCUGGUGUCCUCUCUGAGUGGAGAUCCUGGCGUUGCUGUGUCUGGUUCUGCACAAAGCCUGUCAGUGAGGGCCUGGGUCAGAUGUGUUCUACAGCAGCACCUUCACAAGAACCCAGAUGGCACUGACAGCAGAACAGCCCGGGCUGUGGAACAACAGUUGUGUGAAUUGACCCGGCUUGUGCUGAGGCUUCCCGAGGUGGAGAGGCUUCUCCAGGGAGCCAGCCUUAAUCCCACAGCAACCAGGCCAGAGCCAACUGCAGCCCUGGAGAUGUUUGUCAAGGCUGUAGGCAGUGUGUACAGUGGACUGAAGGUUUUGUCUGAGCGUUCAGCCAUGGUGACCACAGCCCUAGACUACAUUGGUGACAUCCUGAAGCACAUUAAACCGUCUCUCGUCAGCAAGAACCAAGAGGGAAUACAGCUUGCAUACUGGGCUGUUGGCUGCAUUGUGAAGCACUGGAGCCCCCUGCUGGCCACAUCAAAAGCACAACAGCUGUUGUUCCGCAUUGUGGAUGGGCUGCUGCUUCCCCACAACCUCACACAGCAAGACAAAGCUCUCAGAGACAGUCUGCCUUUGUAUAUACAGGGUCUGUCUGUGGCCUCUAGUGUGUCUCAGUCCCAGGGGGCUUACCUGAAGCAGCAACUACGUUCUGUAACUCGCAGAUAUUUGGACCAUUUCCUUCCUGCCUCACCUUCUGUGGGCAUUAUUGCCAACCACCCGGUGCUUCUGGGUGCCUGCGAGGCCAACCCAACCAGCCGUGGAGCUGCCCUGAGGAGACUCAUCCUAGAGGUUCUUUGUGAGAACUUCCUGCAGUUCAAAGGUCACGCCCCCCCUCCUCGCCUGGCAUCCGUCCUGAUGUUCCUGUUGGAGCUUCUGAGACGAAAUGGUGACUCAGACCCCUCCCUACUCACCGUGCCCCUCCCCUCUCUGCUGCGCUGCAUUAUGCUGGUCAACGAGCCACAGGUAAGGAAGACAAGCACAGAUGCCUUACAGCUUGUAGUUGAGCGGUGUGGUGCCGCAUCUACAGAGAGACCAUGCGACCAGAUGAUCACAGUCUUACGGUCGUUUGUGGAGGAGAACGAGGGAGUCUACGACAGGCAGAUAUACGGCGUCUUGGAGACUGUGGCUGUUUUAGAUCCCACUGUGGUUCAAGCUCUUAUCCCCAACCUGUCUCUCAGUCUGAGAAACACUGAGCGCAAAAGAGGACUGGGCAAGAACAUCGCCUUGAGGAGUGCAUAUGUGAAGUUGCUGGGUCUCCUUGGGAAAAGUGGGCAAGCUGAAAUAACCAGUCUGGAAAGCGAGUGACAAAAAAAAAAUUCCAGUAAAGAGAGACCUCCUCCAGGACCUGCCACAACCUCCAAGAAUCUCUUCUUAUCAUGUAGUAUUUUCAUUUUUGUCCAUUUCCCUUAAAAAAAUGAGGAUACCUUAGAAAUUCUGUUUAAUUUAUGUUUAGCAUAAUCUGUAAUAUUCUUAAAACCUCAAAUGCUGUUGUAAAAAAGCACGGAAAAGAUUUGUAGAAGAACAAAUAUACAAAUGGACAUGUUCCUAUCAUGGAUUAAAAGCUUAAUAUUACCUGCCUGUAGAU